AUGUCGAAAGUCGCACUAAUAACUGCUGGUUCGAAUGGCGUUGGUGCUGCAGUCGCAAAAGUUCUUGCGAGAGAGGCCAACAUGUCCGUUGUGAUCAAUUUCAAUUUAAAUUCAGAACGCGCAGAAGCACUUGUCAAACAUCUAUACCAAAUCACUUCUGUCCAGAACAACAAUGGAGAGUUCGUUUCUCCAAAAUUUGCAGCAAUACGGGCCGAUAUGAGCAGACGCGAAGAGGUUUCUCGGCUCGUGGACGAAGCGAUCGCGCAGAUGGGCCGACUAGAUGUCGUAGUUUCCAAUGCAGGAUGGACACGUAUAACCGAUUUCGCAAACCUCCAAGACGCUGUGGCCGAAGAGGAUUGGGACCAUUGUUUCAACAUGAACGUAAAGAGCCAUUUCUUUCUCUUCCAUAAAUGCAAGCAGUAUCUUGAUGAAAGCGGGGGCGCUUUCAUUGCUACAGCAAGUGUGGCUGGCAUUACCCCUAGCGGUAGUUCCUUGCCAUAUGCAGUUACUAAAGCAGCGCUAAUACACCUUUCGCGAAGCCUUGCGGUCAUUGCUGCACCUAAAAUUCGUGUCAAUUCUGUUUCUCCAGGCAUUCUAAUGACAGACUGGGGCCUCCAAUUCCCAGAGAAAAAGUUGAACGAGGUGCGAGCAAAAAAUGCUCUAAAACGUUUUGCGACUCCUGAAGAUGUUGCUCAGCAAGCCAAGUAUCUUGCACUAUCCAAAUCUGUGACUGGUACAAAUAUAGUAAUAGAUGCUGGAUUCUCGUUGUGA